AUGGGUCGUAGAAAAAUAGAGAUGGAAUAUCUGAAAGACAAGGAUGCAAGGUAUGUGGCAUUUUCAAAGAGAAAGAAUGGUCUUUUCAAGAAAGCAAGUCAAUUAUCAACUCUUUGUAAUGCUAGAGUUGGUGUGUUUGGAUUCACUCCUGGUGGCAAACCAUUUGCUUUUGGUUCUCCAACUUUUCAAGCUGUCACUAAUGAGUACCUUAAUGAAGGAAAAGGUGAAUCAUCAAACCAAAAUGUUGCUGAGAAUUCUGAAAAUGAAAAUCUCAUCAGUCUCAAUGAACAACUUAUGGAUGUGACCAAAGAGCUGAAGGAGGUGGCAAUUACAAAGGACAAAAAAGGUAAAGUCCCUAAUAUUUCCUAUGAUGAUCUUGAUUUAGAGGAGCUUCAAAAAGUGAAGGCUAGAUUGAAGGAGCUUCAUGGUGACAUUGAGGCAGCAUCUUCUAUGCUUAUCCUUGCAAAGGAACCUAGAUGA